AUGCUAUGUGGACGCCUGGGCCGGUUUUGUGAGAAGCUGGUGCGCAGGCGGCCCCUGGAGUGGAGGGAGGGGUCUGGUGGCGGCCUGGCCCGGUGCCUGAGCAUCCUGGACCUGGUGGCCCUCGGGGUGGGCAGCACCCUGGGGGCGGGAGUGUACGUCCUGGCCGGGGAGGUGGCCAGGGACAAGGCGGGCCCGGCCAUCGUCCUCUGCUUCUUGGUGGCCGCCGUGACGUGCGUGCUGUCCGGGCUGUGCUACGCGGAGUUGGGGGCGCGGGUGCCCUGCUCCGGGUCUGCCUAUCUCUACAGCUACGUCACCGCGGGGCAGCUGUGCGCCUUCGUCACCGGCUGGAACCUCAUCCUCUCCUAUGUCAUUGGCAGCGCCAGUGUGGCCAGAGCCUGGAGCACCACCAUCGACAGCCUGACCGGGCACCACAUGUCUCGGGCGCUGCAGGAGAGCGUGCCUUUGCGUGUGCCCUUCCUGGCCAGCUACCUGGACUUCUUCUCGCUGGGCCUGGUGCUGCUGCUCACGGGUGUCCUGGUCCUGGGAGCUCGCGAGUCGGCCCUGGUUACCAAGAUACUCACCGGCGUGAACCUCUUCGCUCUCGGCUUUAUCGUCCUCUCUGGCUUCGUUAAUGGACGUCUGCACCGCUGGCAGCUCACGGAGCGGGACUACGAGUUGACCAAAUCUGAGUCCAAUGGCACCUUGAGCCUGGGCCCUCUGGGCUCCGGGGGGUUUGUGCCUUUCGGCUUGGAGGGGGUUCUCCGCGGAGCAGCCACGUGCUUCUAUGCGUUUGUUGGUUUUGACUGCAUUGCCACUGCAGGGGAAGAGGCCCGCCACCCUCAGCGGGCCGUCCCCCUGGGCACCGUGAUCUCGCUCUUCAUCUGCUUCCUGGCGUACUGUGGGGUCUCGGCGGCGCUCACCCUCAUGGUGCCCUACUACCAGAUCGACUCCCACAGCCCCCUGCCAGAGGCCUUCCUCCACGCGGGCUGGCCCUGGGCCAGAUACGUGGUGGCUGUGGGGACCCUGUGCGCCCUUUCGUCCAGCCUCCUGGGUGCCAUGUUCCCCGUGCCGCGGGUGAUCUUGGCCAUGGCAGAGGACGGACUCCUGUUCCGGGCACUGGCCCGGGUCCACCCCCGAACACACACCCCCAUCGCAGCCACCGUAGUAUCUGGCACUCUUGCAGCGCUCAUGGCCUUCCUCUUCGAGCUCAACCACCUCGUGGACCUCAUGUCCAUCGGGACCCUGCUGGCGUACUCCCUGGCGGCGGUGUGCAGGUUGCAGGCAUGUCUGUCAUCCAGGUACCAGCCAGACCAGCAUUUAAGCCAGAACGAGAAGACGGAGGUGGAAAUAACGGAGAUAAAGCUUGGCCACAUCGUCUAUGAAUGUGCCUUGCUGCUGGCUCUCCUGCUGACCGUCCUGAGCCUGGUCCUGGCCCAGUGGCCCGGCCGUCUGGUCUCCGGGGACCCGGCGGCCACGGCAGUGACUGCUCUGCUGCUGCUGCUCAUUGUGGGGCUCACUUUCAUCCUCUGGAGGCAGCCCCAGAGCCCAGCUCCUCUUAGCUUCAAGGUCCCUGCUCUGCCUGUCCUGCCCCUGGUCAGCAUCUUUGUGAACAUGUACUUGAUGAUGCAGAUGACCUCUAUGACCUGGGCCCAGUUUGGCAUCUGGAUGGCGAUUGGCUUCGCCAUAUACUUUGGAUACGGGAUCCGGCACAGCUUGGAGACCAGUGAGCCACAGCCAGCCGCCUCCAGCUCUCACACACACCUCUAG